CGCAUCAACAAAGAAUAUUUUGAGCUUUGCAUUAUAGAAAUCGCACUCUUUAAGGGAUUGGGUUGAGGGUUAACGGUAAUAAUGGUGUGUGCCCUGGAUAAUGGGGUUUGGGGGUGGGGAUCGGAAGGGAGCAGCCAGUACUAUAUUCACAGAAAUAAUAUACAUUCCAUUAUCUAGGUUAAAAAAGAAAUCCACACAAUUUCUACUCGUGGUGCGUGAGAGAAAAGACUCAGCUGGAAAGGGAGGUUUCUGGAAAGGAUCCAGUAUUUGUCUGACUAACUUACCAAAAGGGGGAAAAAAACCCUGACAGUAAAACAUAAUGAUUAUUACCAUAUUGAAACCACACACAUAGCGAGGCACUUUGCAGAUAACAUUACAGGGACAUGGUCUGCUCUCUCUCCCCACCCCCAAAUACUGUUAGAAUAUUUCGAUGACUUAGGAAGUAGUAAUAGUAGCACUCUACUGGUACAUCCUCAUUUACAGAGCCUGUCUUCAGUUCUACAAGCUUCACUUUAAGAAGAAGCAGGAUGACGUGUUGGAAAGGAUUGCGAGAUGACAAAAGGUCUAGAAGGGAAAAUUAUAUGCGGGAGCAAGUAGACAUCUUAUAGCAAAAAAGCCAAAAACAAAAAAGUAGAUAAUUUAAAGAAGAAUAGGCUGACAGUUUUAAGACCAUAGGAAGUUGCCGUAUAGUGAGUCAGACCAUUGGUCUAGCUACCUCAGUAUUAUCUAUUUUGUUUCAACAGAGAUUUUUCCCAACCUUGUUACCCUCUGAGGGUUUGUUUUUAAAAAAAAUCAAGGCAAGAAUUGGACUUAUUACAGUGGUACCUCGAGUUACAAAUGCCUCAGGUUACAUAUACUUCAGGUUACAAACUCCGCUAACCUCGAAGAGUUACCUUGAGUUGAGAACGCCUCUAGUUAAGAACAGUUUCAGGUUAAGAACGAACCUCCGGAACGAAGUUAAAUUCGUAACUAGAAGUACCACUGUACUGGCUUAGUGACUUUUGAAAAUUCUGAGGGUGGGGUGAUAGCAAACUCUGAAGAAUGGAUUAAUCUUUGGAGGGUUGGGUGAAUUUUCAGAAUUAUUGUGUUGUAUCCAACUUUAGUCAUACUCAGAAUAGACCCAUUGGAAUUAAUGGAUAUACAUUAGUCUUGCCCAUUAAUUUCAAUGUGUCUGUUCUUAUUAUUACCAACACUGGAUACUGACUUUGGAUGCAACCCUUAAUCUUUUUUUAUAGAUGAGGUGGUAGUUUAGGAUUUCUUUCUGCCUUUUCAAUAACAAAAGUGAGCUUUGCUGUCACUGUCAGCAGCCCAACCAUGUUCUUUGGAUUGAAUGUCCCAUGAGAGUGACAGCCAUUCACCAUCUCAUAUUUACUGGAAGGAGAAAAUUCUGAAUUUUUGCCCACCUCCCAAACUCAUCAAAUCCCUCGCCUCCUCACCCCUACCCAGUUUCACAGUGGAUGGAUGGUCUUGCAAAUGUGCUUUUGUGUUUGUGUGUAUUUUGUGUGGAUAUUUGGCCCAGCUUAAGUUCUCCUAUGAGUUGCAGCCCGUCCCUUAUAUACUGACAUUUGAAAGUGUUCUGAACGAUUUCAGAAAUUAGAUGGAAUCUAUUGUCCCCUCUACUCUGUGGGUACAGAACAGACAGGUGUCCUGACCAGAUGUGAUGUCCAUCACCAAGGGGAAGCGAUGGCCCAACCGAGAUGGAGACUAUUUGGCCCAAAGUUCUAGCAUAGACUGGAAGGCAAGCCAAGGCCCCUGGACAAGGGAGCAAGGUGCUAGUUCUGGACCACAGCAGUCUUGUACCUAAGACAGCAAAGGCAAGCUCUCUAAGCAAUAUAUUGGAACAACUGAUACCUCAGAUGAAAUUCCCACACCCUAAGUUGAAGCCCUAACUCUAAUUCCAGAACUGUGGGGUGGGGUGUGCUUAUUCCCCGGUUAGAGUUUGGAUUUGAUAUCCCGCUUUAUCACUACCCGAAGGAUCUCAAAGCGGCUAACAUUCUCCUUUCCCUUCCUCCCCAACAACAAACAAAGGUGAGUGGGGCUGAGAGACUUCAAAGAAGUGUGACUAGCCCAAGGUCACCCAGCAGCUGCAUGUGGAGGAGCGGAGACGCGAACUCAGUUCACCAGAUUACGAGACUACCGCUCUUAACCACUACACCACACUGGCUCUCUAGUUAGAAAAAGGACUCCAAGUGUGCCUAGAGGCAUUAUUAAUACUAAUCACACAUUACAGUGUGGUAAGCAAUAAUUAAAAACAGUUUCUAGUGAGGAGCCCUCCUUCAAAUUAAGUCAUGUAACAAUGUUUCAGAAAUGUACAUUUAGGUCUAAUAGGGAAACUUCCUUUUGUACUUUUUCCUUUAUAAAACACAGGCAACAACAACAACAGCAGCAACAAAAAUACAACUACCAAUAUAGUUUUAUCAGAUCUUCUCUAGUAGGUAAAGUCAGGUAAUGGUGACAGGUAAAGACAGGUAAGGGCUAGGUUUAUAUCUUUAAAAGCAAUAUGGUUCACAGUUAUACCGGGA